GAGAGAGAGAGAGAGAGGCGGUUGCCCGUCGAUCUGCCGCGGCACUCCCAUUUCGUCUUCGCCUCCUUCGUCGAGGCGCUCGCUACUCUUCUUUGCGUUCUUGGGGUUUUGAUCGAGAGUGGUCCUGCACGCGUUGAAUCUUUUCGGGAUUCUUCGUGAGCUCCAGACAAGGAUAGCAGGCAACAAGAAUUAGAAAUCUGGGAAGCUUUUAAUCAAUGCUUAGCAUAAUGAAGCAUAGCUACAUCUGGAAUUGAGUUCACCUUGAGUGCUUCUAACAAAAUCUUCAAUGUCUGGGCUACUUAAUACAACCCUUAAUGGUUCCGCAUCAAAUCUCACGGACUCGACGGGUCGACCCUACACGUCGUUCUCUGCUCAGUCUGCUACAUCUCCUGGAUUUCAUCAUUCUGUAGGUGGUUUGCAAGGACUUCAUAACAUUCAUGGAAGUUUUAACUUGCCAAACAUGCCGGGUUCAUUUGCAUCAAGAAAUGCAGCAAUGAGUGGUGUCCCAUCAGGAGGUGUUCAGCAACCAGGGGGAAGUAUUUCUAGUGGACGGUUUGCAUCAAAUAAUCUUUUGGUUGCGUUAUCUCAGAUGUCUCAUGGUUCUGGUGUCACAAAUAGAGGGGGUAUCAAUGUUGUUGGAAAUCAUGCUUUUGGUAAUAGCAUGAACGGAGUCGGUGGGUCAAUAACUGGUAUUUCCUCAAAUUCUGCUACUAGCAAUCGUAAUUCGGUCCCUGGCUUGGGAGUUUCUCCAGUAUUGGGUAAUGUAGGACCAAGAAUUCCAAACUCUAUGGGAAACAUUGUUGGCGCUGGUAACAUGGGAAGAAGCAUUAGCUCUGGAGGAAUAUCCAUUCCGGGACUAGCUUCACGUAUAAACUUAGCUUCCAAUAGUGGAGCAGGAAGCCUCAGUGUACAAGGACCCAACAGACUGAUCAGUGGCAUGCUUCAGCAGGCACCACAAAUGAUUGGUAUGCUUGGAAAUUCUUAUCCUACAUCUGGAGGACAGUUAUCUCAAAGUCCAGGUGGGAAUAACCCAUUAAGCUCUAUGGGAGUGUUGAACGAUCUAAAUGUUGCUGACAGUUCUCCUUUUGAUAUGAGUGAUUUUCCUCAAUUAAAUUCACGACCAAGUUCAGCCGGCGGUCCACAAGGGCAAUUGGGUACAACACGGAAGCAAGGAGGUGUUAGCUCCAUUGUCCAGCAAAGUCAAGAAUUUAGCAUACAAAAUGAAGAUUUUCCAGCUUUGCCAGGAAGUAAAGGUGGUAGUUCAGACUUUUCCGUGGACUUGCAUCAAAAGGAACAACUUCAUGAAAAUAUUUCCACAAUGCAGCCACAUAAUUUACCUAUGUCAAGAUCUGUUGGGUUUAGCUUGGGAGGAACUUAUCUACCUAAUCGUCAGCAACAACAACAUUCUACUUCAGCCGGUGGUGGUGGUUUACCUUUUACACCUGGAAAUAAUCAAGAUCUUCUUCGAUUACAUGACUCUGACUUCUUUUCUUCUCAUGGAACGUAUCAUUCACAGAUUCAAAACAGUGGAGCCCCUAGCAUUGGUUUGAGAACCCUGAGCUCUCCAACUCCAGCUUCUGGUGUUGGAGCAGCAUAUGAGCAGCUCAUUCAGCAGUAUCAGCAUCCACAAAGUCAAUCUCAUUUUCGGCUGCCAAUGUCAGAUGUUAGUCAGUCAUAUAGAGAUCAGAACUUGAAGUCCUCUACAGGGUCACAAGUAGCUCCUGAUCGGUUUGGUUUGCAGGGUUUGUUAAGUGUUAUUAGGAUGUAUGAUCCAGAUCUGACAUCUCUUGCAUUGGGAAUUGAUUUAACUACAUUAGGACUAAAUUUAAACUCUUCAGAGGAUCUUUAUAAAACAUUUGGUUCUCCAUGGUCCGAUGAGCCUGCCAAGGGAGAGCCUGACUAUUGCAUUCCAACUUGUUAUUAUUCCAAACCACCACCCCUUCUACAUCAAGGGCAUUUUUCAAAAUUUCAGGUAUCAACACUGUUUUACAUCUUUUAUAGUAUGCCAAAGGAUGAAGCUCAACUCUAUGCGGCUUCUGAACUAUAUGCUCGUGGAUGGCUGUACCACAAAGAGCAUCAGUUGUGGUUCACAAGAGUUCCAAACGUGGAACCUCUUGUUAAGACUCUCACAUAUGAAAGAGGAACCUACGUUUGUUUUGAUCCUAACACAUGGGGAACAAUUCUGAAGGAGAACUUUGUUUUGCACUAUGAGGCUGUCGAGAAGAAACCCAUACUUCCUUCUGAUCGCCCUCACCUAGCCUAAAAGUUUGCCUAUGUAAAACAUAUCUUGUUACUGUUAGAAUAAAUUGAUCCAAUCUAUUCAUUUUUAUACAUAGCAGUCAGUGUUCCCAGUUUUUACCAACUUGGUCACAGUUUUCCUUGCAGCCGAAUGUUUAGAUGUAGGACUUGACUCAUAUAGGUAGGAUAUGAAUUCACCUCCUGUACUUGAAGCUCACUGACCUAUUGGACUACAAGCAGAAAUUUUAAGCAGUGUUUUUUCUUAA